AUGAACUGUUUAACAGUCGAGAGCAACAAUACCAAGAUGGGUUUGUGGCUAAGUUCAACGGGGGACCUCGCGAUGGUUCUCAACUCUCCUCGUUUCUCAUAUGGACUUUACACCGGCAAGUUCGUUUACCUUUUGUUUGGAACCGGUGACACCAUACGUGUGAUUGUGCGGGAUUUGUGCACCAAGGAAAACCGAGAAAAGGCUGCAGAGUGCUUGACAGCGGUCAGCACGCAAGACAAGCCUUUAAGGAUGAAGCGGAUGAUCGACAUUUGCAUCAGCAAACUGAACUGUUUUCAGAAGUUGCCGCCUUCUUGCCAAAGCAAACAGCUUAAACAUUCCAUGAAAAGCUGCACCCAGAAGACUGUAGUCAACUUCGAUGCGAUGAAGGAUCUUUUCAUAGCUUGUCUACCCCGAAAACUGAAUGACAAAGAGGAGAAGAAAAUGGUUUCUGUUUUGCGUCACGUGCAUUAUGCUUAUCGUCGUCAGAUCAGAAGAUUCUCUGAGGCGUGCGAAUCUCUGUACGAUCAUAUUUAA